AUGAUAACGAAGGGCCGGGACGUGAAGAAAUACUGCAUGUUUCAUAGAGAUAUCGGUCAUUACACCGAAGAAUGUGUUCAAUUAAAAGAGAACAUUGAAGAUCUCAUAAGGAAAGGGCGAUUAUCUCAGUAUCGUACUAAAGCAGGUCCCAGCCGGCAGCAAAAUGCACAGCCCAGGCAAACCGAGUACCGAAAGCAGGGAAAUUCAUCAAUGCAAGAUGAUGCCUACAGACAGAAUCAUGCGGAAACAUCCAGACAGGGAGGUAAUCCGACAGGGCGCAAAAUAACAAUCGAUGUUAUUACCGGAGGACCAGUAUACGGGGGUUCCGUAAGCGGGGCGAAGAAAAGUUUGUCGGAAUACCGGCACCUAGUGAACGCAUUGAGCGUAGAGGAACGACCCCGACCUUCUCCCAUGCUUUCGAUAUCCUUUUCGGAGGAAGAUGCUAAGGGAAUAGUCUUCCCUCAUGACGAUCCGUUGGUACUGAUAUUGACGGUUAAUGGAGCAGAUAUCAAGCGAGCACUCGUUGAUGGCGGAAGCUCCGCCAAUAUCUUAUUUGCUAGAGUUUUUGAUGCCAUGAGAAUUGGCCGAAAAUACUUAACGCCAGUGUCCUAUCCCGUGAUAGGUUUCAACGGAUCAACGGUAAGACCUGAGGGUAGUAUAGUUCUUCAGGUUCGAAUGGGAGAAGGUCCGGCAGUAAGAGACGUUAUGGCGGAGUUUUUAGUGAUUGAUGAGCCAUCCGCCUACAACGCUAUUGUCGGUAGGCCUUUAAUUCAUGACAUGCAAGCUGUAGUCUCGACAUACCACUUAACGAUGGUAUAUAUAUCCAACGUUGGAACGACAGAACACGUACGGGGGAGUCAAACUAUGGCAAGAGAAUGUUAUGUUUCAGCACUAAAGCAGUCAAGCCGACAACCUACUUGCGAACAGACACCAUCCAAGCGAGAGCGAGUUCCCUCUACACAUGACUUGGCCAUGGAAAAUUUCGAUACUUGGCCGGUAACUGCGCCACAUCCUUCCCCGGGAGGCGAGACCGUAGAGAUCGAAUUGCGGCCCGGGGUUCCCGGGAGGGUAGUGCGUGUUGGAUCCGAUAUGGAUGUCGACACGUGCUGCCAUUUGGUGGAAUUGUUACGAGAAAGUGCUGAUGUGUUUGCUUUCUCGGCAGACGAGAUGCCUGGGAUACAUCCCGACGUUAUAGUACAUAAACUUAAUGUCGACAGGAGAGCAAGACCUGUUCGACAGAAGAAAAGGAACUUCUCGACAGAGAAAAUAGAGGCUAUUAAGUCGGAGGUAAAUAAAUUGCUAGCGGAAGGGUUUAUCGAACCCUGCACGUAUCCCGAAUGGUUAGCAAAUGUGGUUAUGGUUAAGAAGCCGUCAGGGAAGUGGAGAAUGUGCGUGGAUUUUACGGACUUGAACAGAGCCUGCCCGAAAGAUUGCUAUCCCUUGCCAAGGAUAGACAAAUUGGUAUAUUCCACUUCUGGUCACGAACUGUUGAGUUUCAUGGACGCUUUCUCCGGGUAUCAUCACGUCAGCUUAUAUGAGCCAGAUCGAACCAAGGCAGCAUUCAUUACCGAUUCCGGGGUUUUCUGUUACAGGGCUAUGCCGUUUGGGUUAAGAAAUGCAGGGGCUACGUAUCAAAAGCUGGUCGACAAGGUAUUCGCGAACCAGAAAAGGAAGGAAUAUCACGUUGCCGAUUUGAGAGAAACUUUUGAAACUCUUCGGCGUUACCAGAUGAAGUUGAAUCCGGAGAAGUGUGUGUUCGACGUUCGGUCAGGAAAGUUUCUCGGGUUCAUGAACAAGCUGUUCGUAUGGGGGAAGGAGCAAUCCAAGGCAUUCCAGGCUUUGAAAAAUCACUUGGGGUUCUUACCCACUGUCGCAAGACCAGAACAGGGAGAAAUAUUACAGCUUUAUAUCUCCGCAUCAGCAAAGACGGUAGCAGCGGUGCUCCUAGUAGAACGACAAAAAAUCCAACUGUCAAUUUACUUUGUGAGCCACGUUUUAAAUGCUGCCGAGAGACGGUACUCGUUAGUAGAGAAGAUCGCGUACGCAGUAGUUGUGGCCGCACGAAAGUUGCGUCCUUACUUUGAUGCACAUGCAAUUGAUAUUUUAACGAAUCAGCCGUUAGAGAAGUCUUUGCAGAAGAUGGAAACGUUUGGCCGCCUGCUUAAAUGGGCGAUUGAAUUGUCCGAAUACGUUAUUAUGUAUAAACCAAGGGUAUCAAUCAAAGCCCAAGCCUUGUCUGACUUCAUUGUAGAAACAUCUUAUUAUGAAGAAGAGGGGAGUAUCGGCACAUGGAAAGUAUCAGUUGACGGCUCGUCUGCUUCAACCGGCUCAGGGGCUAGAGUAAUUAUGGUCUCUCCCCAGGGAGAUGUGUUUGAGUAUGCUGUCAAGUUCAAAUUCAAAGCCUCGAAUAAUGAGGCAGAAUAUGAAGCAGCCUUGGCAGGGAUACAGCUAUGCAUAUAUCCUCGGAAGAAAAACGUAUUGAGAUGA